AGAGACGAUGAACCUGGAGCGGCUGAGGAGGCGCGUCCGGCUCUAUCUGGACCAGCAGCAGUAUCAGAGUGCCCUGUUUUGGGCCGACAAAGUAGCCUCGCUCUCUCACGAGGAGCCCCAGGACAUUUAUUGGCUGGCGCAGUGUCUCUACCUGACGGCUCAGUAUCACAGGGCAGCCCACGCUCUCCGUUCGCGCAAACUGGACAAGUUAUAUGAAGCCUGUCGAUAUCUCGCGGCUAGGUGUCAUUAUGCAGCCAAAGAACACCAGCAAGCCCUUGAUAUCCUUGACAUGGAAGAACCAAUCAACAAGAGAUUGUUUGAAAAAUACCUGAAGGAUGAAAGUGGCUUGAAAGACGCCUCCGACUGGGAAACAUCCCAGUCCUCGAUCAAGAGCUCUAUUUGUCUUUUACGAGGGAAAAUCUACGACGCCCUGGAUAAUCGAACCCUCGCCACGCAUAGCUACAAAGAAGCCUUGAAGCUCGACGUCUACUGCUUCGAAGCGUUUGACCUUUUAACAUCACACCACAUGCUGACGGCCCAAGAAGAAAAAGAACUUCUGGAAUCUCUACCUCUUGGCAAGCAAUGUCCGGAAGAGCAAGAACUGCUGCGGUUUCUUUUUGAAAAUAAAUUAAAAAAGUAUAACAAGCCCAGUGAAACGCUCAUCCCGGAAUCCGUGGACGGCCUGCAGGGCAACCUGGACGUGGUGGUGUCUUUAGCGGAAAGGCAUUAUUAUAACUGUGACUUCAAAAUGUGCUACAAGCUCACCUCCGUAGUAAUGGAAAAAGACCCUUUCCAUGCCAGCUGUUUACCUGUUCACAUAGGGACGCUCGUGGAAUUGAACAAAGCCAACGAGCUUUUCUAUCUCUCUCAUAAACUAGUGGACUUGUACCCUAGUAAUCCCGUAUCGUGGUUUGCAGUCGGCUGUUAUUAUCUCAUGGUCGGCCACAAGAAUGAACACGCCCGGCGGUAUCUCAGCAAAGCCACCACCCUGGAGAGAACCUACGGACCAGCCUGGAUCGCCUACGGACACUCCUUCGCCGUGGAGAGCGAGCACGACCAGGCCAUGGCGGCCUAUUUCACGGCCGCCCAGCUGAUGAAAGGCUGCCACUUGCCGAUGCUGUACAUCGGACUGGAGUACGGCCUCACCAAUAACUCGAAGUUGGCCGAGCGGUUUUUCAGCCAGGCGCUGAGCAUAGCGCCCGAAGACCCUUUUGUCAUGCAUGAAGUUGGAGUGGUUGCAUUUCAGAAUGGAGACUGGAAAACAUCAGAAAAGUGGUUUCUUGACGCUUUAGAGAAAAUCAAAGCCAUCGGAAACGAGGUGACAGUGGACAAGUGGGAACCUUUGUUGAACAACCUGGGCCACGUGUGCCGAAAGCUUAAGAAGUACGAAGAGGCCCUGGAAUACCAUCGGCAAGCCUUAGUGCUGAUUCCUCAGAACGCGUCCACCUACUCCACCAUAGGAUAUAUCCACAGUCUGAUGGGCAACUUCGAAAGCGCUAUUGAUUAUUUCCACACGGCCCUGGGACUUCGGAGGGAUGAUACGUUUUCAGUUACCAUGCUUGGGCACUGCAUAGAAAUGUACAUCGGUGAUUCCGAAGCUUAUAUUGGAACCGAGAUCAAAGACAAGUUGCGAUGUUACGACUUCGACGUGCACACCAUGAAGACGCUGAAGAACAUCAUUUCACCUCCGUGGGACUUCAGGGAGUUUGACACCGAGAGGCAGACUGUCGAAGAGAGCGGGAUCAUGGCGCUAGAGACUUCCCAUCACGCCAGGAAAACCCCCGAUUCCAGGCCCCCCUUGGAAGAAACGUUUGAAAUCGAAAUGAAUGAAAGCGAUAUGAUGUUAGAGACGUCCAUGUCAGACCACAGCACGUGAGCGUAGUAAGCACCGGGCCGCACCCCGGUCGACCCGAGGCGUCGUCUGAUUUAGCAGUUUGCCCCCCCUCCCGCCCCCGGCCUCGGCGUAUUUUGAAGAAUUUCCUAUUUUUUUAUGUGAACCCAAGCGACGUCACGUUUAGCGGCAGAGAAUUAUCGCCCGCCUUAGGACUGGAGGGCCUACCUUCGCCGCAGACCGUUCCCCGGCCCGGCGAAAUCGGUACGCGGAGUGAAAUUGAGAAGGUUUUUUAAACCGCGUAGCUAGACUGCGAUGAAGGCUUGUGAAACCCACGUGAAGCUGUCUACAAGACACUCGGUCCUCCCGUAACGCACGUUUCGGCCCCCGGUGUGGGAACGUCCUUCGGACAAGGCGCGUCUCCCGGGAUGGAGCGCGCACGGAAGUCGGAAGAAGCGGUGGAGGGGGAGCGUCCCGUAACUCGGACGUCGUCAAGAACCGGACCCCCCGCCCCGUUACGGGAGAACCGACAUCGGUUUACAGCGGCUGAGGGCUCCUAGCGCGUCGCGAUGACCGAACUUAACGGCCGAUCAGUGAAGCUCGUCUUGCGUCGUUACGGAAAAAGCCCGAAGAACCGGGAAUUCUGAAGGCUAAGCCGAUAUUUUAAUCCUUUGAAACGACGUCAAGGCGAAGUGAUCCGUCGCUCCGCGUGGGCGGCGAAAUUAAUUUUAUCAAUGGCUCCUAAUUUUUACCUCACAUUAAAGGGAUGGAAAAAAAAAAAGCCUCCUAACUGCAUUUAGGAAGUUUUAUGGGUGUGCUCAUCUUAAUUUAUAGUGAUCACAGGAGCCCCUGGGGUUGGGUGU